GUAUUGAAUCAUUUCUUAUGUAUUCGGUUCAUGAAGGAAUUAGAGGAAUUCCUCUUGAUCCAAAUGAUAAAAUGGAUGCUUUAAUGCCUAUAUCUGGAACUUCAUUUGCUGUGGGCAUAGACUUCCAUGCAGGAAAUGAUACAAUCUAUUGGACAGACAUGGGUUUCAAUAAAAUUAGCAGAUCUAAACGAGACCAAACAUGGAAAGAAGACAUUGUUACAAAUGGUCUGGGAAGAGUUGAAGGCAUCGCAGUGGACUGGAUAGCAGGUAACAUAUACUGGACGGAUCAUGGCUUCAACUUAAUUGAAGUUGCCAGGCUCAACGGCUCAUUCCGAUACGUAAUUAUAUCUCAGGGCUUGGACCAGCCAAGAUCUAUUGCGGUACACCCAGAAAAAGGGUAUUUAUUUUGGACAGAGUGGGGACAAACUCCUUGCAUAGGCAAGGCACACUUAGAUGGAUCCGAGAAAGUUGUGCUUGUGAACCUGGGGAUUGCGUGGCCGAAUGGGAUUUCCAUCGACUAUGAGGAACAUAAAUUGUAUUGGUGUGAUGCUCGUACCGACAAGAUAGAAAGAAUUGACCUUGAGAGUGGAGGGAAUCGGGAGAUUGUGCUGUCAGGGAGCAAUGUGGAUAUGUUUUCAGUCGCGGUGUUUGGAGCUUACAUCUACUGGUCUGACAGAGCACAUGCAAAUGGCUCUAUUAGAAGAGGCCACAAGAAUGAGGCCACGGAUGCUGUGACCAUGAGGACUGGCCUUGGGAUAAACCUGAAGGAAGUGAAAGUCUUUAAUAGAGCACGAGAGAAAGGUACUAACGUUUGUGCCAAGAAUAAUGGUGGAUGUCAUCAGCUUUGCCUUUAUCGGGGAAGUGCCCAGAGAACUUGUGCUUGUGCACAUGGUUAUCUUGCAGAAGAUGGAAUUACUUGCCUGAGGCAUGAGGGUUACCUGUUGUACUCGGGGAGGACAAUAUUAAAAAGUAUACAUCUUUCGGAUGAAACCAACUUAAAUUCCCCAGUAAGGCCAUAUGAAAAUCCAGAGUACUUCAAAAAUGUGAUAGCCCUUGCUUUUGACUACAGUCUGAAAGGAAGAGGUACGAAUCGCAUAUUCUUCAGUGAUGCACACUUUGGGAAUAUACAAGUCAUUAAAGACAACUGGACUGGCAGAAAAGUGCUCAUUGAAAAUGUUGGGUCAGUGGAGGGACUUGCUUAUCAUAGAGCUUGGGACACUCUUUAUUGGACCAGUUCCACCACAUCCUCCAUCACAAGACACACUGUUGACCAGAGACGUCGAGGGGCUUUCAACCGGGAAGCAGUAAUAACAAUGUCCGAGGAUGAUCAUCCCCACGUAUUGGCUCUAGAUGAAUGUCAAAACUUAAUGUUUUGGACCAACUGGAAUGAACAACUCCCAAGCAUCAUGAGAUCUACCCUCUCAGGCAAAAAUGCACAGGUUAUCAUUAGUACAGAUAUUCUGACACCAAAUGGACUUACCAUUGAUCAUAGGGCAGAGAAACUUUACUUUUCAGAUGGCAGCUUGGGAAAAAUUGAGAGGUGCGAAUACGAUGGAUCACAAAGAUAUGUAAUUGUCAAAUCCGGACCUGGUACCUUUCUCAGCCUGGCUGUAUAUGAUGAUUAUAUCUUCUGGUCAGAUGGAGUGAGAAGGGCUAUUCUGCGUUCAAGUAAAUAUACAGGAGGAGAUACGAAAGUUCUUCGUUCUGAUAUCCCUCAUCAACCAAUGGGCAUUAUUGCUGUUGCCAACGAUACUAACAGUUGUGAAUUAUCUCCUUGUGCACAAAUGAAUGGAGGUUGUCAUGAUUUAUGCCUUCUGACUCCUGACGGACGAGUGAACUGCUCUUGUAGAGGGGACAGAAUGCUGAUAGAUGAAAACAGAUGUGUGACUAAAAAUUCUACUUGCAACAUUUACUCCGAGUUUGAAUGUGGAAAUGGUGAAUGCAUUGAUUAUCAGCUGACGUGUGACGGCAUCGCUCACUGUAAGGACAAGUCUGAUGAGAAACUUUUUUAUUGUG